GAACGCUUUGCAGAUCGCCCUAAUAUACGUCCCAGAAUUAUAAUAUCGGGUAGCGGGAUUUCAUCCUCAUCUCCAAGCUCAAUCAGAGAUGGCCUUGUAAGAUACUCCUCUAUGGAAGUAUGAUGCCCACUUUCAAUGUUACAGCUUGGUGUACCGUACUGCUAACAAGACUCCAUUAUUUCAGCCUAGCUAGACCAUCAAAAAUCAAUCUCGAUGUUGCGGAGAGAACGCGCGGCUAUCUCCAAUAUUUAUAUGCCAUAGAUCCACGCAGGCAUGCCUUACCUGCAAAGACUGCAAAGAUCUCUCAUUUUGAAAGCGAAACUAACCGUGAGCCGGGCAACUCGAUCACUCAGAUACGUAGCCUGGCUCUAGGCAGCAUCCCUACUCUUUGGGAACAAUUAAGGGCCAGCCGUUGUAGUUCUCGUCAAGGUGUUGAUAGAGCCCGUACUUGACCUGACUCCCACAAUAACUCUAUGUGAUUUGAGCACCGCUCUUCAGACGACAGACGAAAUUAGGAUUGUAAAUGAAUGGCCGAGCAAACGUAGGUAGGUCAAUCAGGCCCGUUCGCACAAAGUCCUAAACGAUAGCAAAAUCUCAGUCAUACAAGAUAAUAUUCUCAUAUUAGAUACGGAUGAACGUUGAGACCUCGGCACAUGCGACUGUGAGUGACGUUACAAGUUACAACGUAGGGCUUCCCGAAAUUAUUUUCUUCUAACUCCUUAAAAUUUGGACAUGGAAGUGACUGGGGCUGUAAAAUGCUGGUAAAGAUCAGCAGGGGCCCCA